GUCGCCCCUGCCCCUAUUUCUGCAGCCCCCGCGACGGGGGGUUGGACCGAUACCGGGGUUGAACUGGAAAUGGCUGCCGCAGAGCCUCGACCGCUGCAUAUCGACGCGCCCCCGCCCUCCGCCACGCCCCCAAAGGGCGUGCUUGAUGUUAAACCCGCCGCGUCCAGUGAUUCCCCCAUUACGGGUGCCAGUGAAAAGGUGGAAAAGGUUCUUCGGAAGCCCUUUUCGUUCUCGUUCAACCGCAGAAGGGAUCAACGGAUGGCCGGAUCUAAACCUUCACCACAGGAGGAGGAUCAGAAACCUGCAGCCGUUGACUACUACAAACAAAUCGAAAAACUUAGAGAAGAAGAAAAAGCCAAAGAAUCGGGACAUAAAAUAGGAAACGAAGGAGUUAUUUCGGAACCCAUUCGUAUACACCCAUCAGAAGAAUUGAAAGAAGGUGAAAGUGAAGAAGUUGUAGUUGAUGAUAGUAAGGGUGCACAUGCGGAACCCACUGAAGAUAAAGUGAACCAUGAGGUCGAAAAGGAAGCUGCGGCCAGCAAACAUCACGACCAUAAACAUAAAGGUAGCGACCACCACCACGCGAAGGGUGGAGGCAAAUCGUACCACUCCGAGCACCACGGAAGCCAUGGCGAUAAAGGCGACAAGGGAUACAAAGGUCAUCAUCACCAUGAAAAGGGACAAAAAGGACAUCACAAGAAGGAAAACCACAACAACCACUACGAAGAAAAAGAGGGACAUGACAAGGAACACCACCAUGACGAUGGGUACCACGCUCAACAUGAGAAGGGAGAAGAGGGCAAGAAGGGAUCUAAGUUCCAAGAAGAAGGUGAACAUUCUAAGGGUCACAGCACCAAAGGAGAACACAACAUCCGCAAAACCGAUGAGUUUGAAAAGAAACAGGAAUUUUAUGAAGAAAGCCACGAAGGAGGCGAUUUCGAGAAGGAUGGAGAGUUUUAUCAUGAAGAUGGUUACAAGAAGGGAGGCCACGAAAAAGGAGGCCACGAGCACGGUGGAGAAGAGCACUCCCACCAUGGGAAAGAAAGUAAGCACGAGAAAGGAGGUCACCAUCAAGAGGACAAAGGCCACAAAGACGCAGGAGGCCACGACAGUCACCACGAUGAACACUCGACCCAUGGCAAGAAGGACAGUCACUCUGGCGGAAAAAGAUGGCACUACCAUGACGGAGAUGAUGGGGACAACGAUGGGAAACACUCUGCUCAACAGAUUGUCAUCCAACCUCAGAAUUCCCAAGAUGCAGCAAGCACCUUAUUGGCUGUCAAACAGCUUCUGUCCCCCUUGCUUGUCUUUAAUAACAUGGAUCAGUCUAAUGCUGUGGCUGCUAAAGAGGAAAGUCAGGAGGUUCCUCAGUAUCAACGACCUCGAGGAGAUGAUGGUAACCUCCGUCCACGAGGUCAGUCUGACUCAUUCUUGGAAGAAGAGCAGCCGACGUUUGUCGAAACAGCGAACAAACCGAAAGUGUUUGUUCCUGUUCGAACUAUCACGACUACUGAGCCUCCUCUUGCUAUCAAAGUGAUCUUCCCAGAGGAGGAGAAACCUGCUUAUACUCCAAAGAAGACGAAGCAACACCAACAGUACCGUGCACCAGAAAAUACUUACACGUCGAAAAAAGUACACCAGAAUCUAGAUGCCUUCCCACAAGAUGUCUAUAACGGAAUCAAGAGCGAAAUCAGAAACGACUUAGCACAGCACAACGGACACCAAUCAGGUGAUAACGGCAAGAACAUCGACUCUAUCAUCGAAGAAUUCAAGAAGGAGAAUAUUCUACCUGCAGAUCCGCCAAAACAGGAUCUGCUUGAACCAAAAGCCACAGACCAGAACCUUGAUACGAAGUACGACGAGUACUUAAGUUACAUACGUAGUCAAGUCCAGCAGCCUAGCGAGGAAGCGUCGAACAUUAGGGAGAAGUACAGACAUUACAAGUACAUCCCGCCAAAGCCUGAAACGCCGGAAGCCUUCACAGAAGCCUCGAAUCAAGUUAAGAGUGUAAUUCAGGAUCUGAACAGUGGGGUAGCAAUCAAGCAGUAUCCAGCAGGGUUCAGACCUCUCAAGGACCAGAAGACAAGUCCCAGUGUGAUAGAAGAUAAAGAAGAACCGUGUCCGAAGAAGAAGCAUGCACCGCCUGACGCCCACGCGAGUGGCAACACCGUCCAAGAGAUCACUGCCAAAGUGGAAUCAAUGGGAAGUGCUUCAUCAUUUUUGAAACCAAUCGUAGUGGCGGAUCUUGGUGACAGUGAUAGUUGAACAUUCGAAUUCAAAUUGUGAUCUUUUUAAUUUAUUAAGUGUUAUUUUUUAUAUUUUAUUAAUAUACGAUGCUGUUUUGCAAUUGCUUAUUUAAGACUGUUACAUACGUAAAUGAUAAAUAUGAAUUUUAUGAAAAAGAUAACACUGUCAACCUACAAGUGGAGCGGAGAAGCUAUUUUAAGCACUAUAUUUACAACGCAAGUUGUACAAAAUUACAAUUGGUUUUGAACAGCUUUUUAUGAUAAGAUCAAAUUGAAACAGCCUAAAUGGUAGAAUACUAUCGUCUUGAUCAGUCUGUAGAUCCUUAAUAUAGACUUCCACAUUCUUGAUACCCUAAGAACAAAGGUGCAGUUGUAUCGGCUAGUGUUUAGGCUACAUAUCUUCACGCAGCUAAAGUACAGUCCUGACGAGUCCAUCUCGGAGUCAGAAUGCGGUGUGGCUUGAUCAAGGCCACCGAGGUGUACAAUUCGGUAAUAUAUUUUUAUCUAUCUGCAAAAAUGUUUUUAGAAAAUAUUUUCCGCCUAUAAAAAAACACGGAGAAAACAAAAUGUGUCGGAUCGAAUAGUGAGAUCCAUACGUUAUUCAAAACUAUAUUUUCAUCAUUUCUGACAAUCUAUAGAGACCAAUUUAACAUGAUUUCUAUUUUUUUAUCUGAAGGUAGUUUUAGCAACAAGUAUCUAGGACACUAAUAGAAUUACGUGAUUAGCUCAAGAAAGCACUUAUGCUCUCUUUAAAAGAAAAGUCAUAUAAAACCCCGUUAUGUAUUGAAACUAUAGAUCCCUGUUAAAGGAUAAGAAAUGAACGUACUUCUAUGACUGCAAUGUGUGCCCAUUCACAAAUUAAUAAGUUUCAGCAGAUAUAAAUUUGGUAUAUUUUAAACUCGAUUGCUAAAACAACCCUUUAAAAUAGCAAAAACAUUUACUUCCGUUCAAAAAUUCUAGGUAAUUAUGUUUUUUUUUUGACAUUAUUACCUUUGGUAUAUAAAUAUCGGCAAUGCGUUAAGCAAGGACCUAGUUUGUUAGCCUAGUGUCAAAACGUAAAAGAGAUGUGUGAGCAGGGAAAAAUAUUCUUUUUUCAAUUAUCAAUCAAAAAAUUAAACAGAAAAAUCCUUCGUUAUUUUAUUUCACUUAAAUAUAGUAGAAUGCACAAAUACAGAAAAGUGAACGGACGGCCUCAUUACUAGGGAGCUAUAACAGACUUAAUAGAUAGUAAAUACAAAAUAUAAUAGCUAGAUAACAAAUACAUUUCCAAAUAACAGAAAAAUACGAGUACGUUUCUACUUAUUGGCAAAAAUACGAGUGUUUUCUUAUGUAGGUUCAUCAUAAAACAGCUGUUCAAAACCAUAGAACCAGAUCAAAACCUAUUUGAUUAAAUUUGGUGCCAUUGAAAUCGAUUUUGACAGCUUCUCGCUUUGAAAUAUCAUUUUGGUGAGUAUCCCAGAUAUUUGUAUAUUUGUUAAUACAUAUAUGUUUAGUUGAUAAUUUUUUAUACUGUACUCAUUUAUGUUCAAUAUUUAUCUCUAUGAUUAAUGUGUACCAACUAUGUAUGUAAAUAUUGAUGGAUGAACGGAUCCACGAAUUUCCUUAAAAAAUACCAGACUCGGUGAGGGAUAGAUCGCCCGCUUCUUCUGUAGAUGUAUUUUCGCAAGUAUCCAAUAUCCAAGUGUUGUUUUCCAACAAUACUAUAAAGCCGAUGUUAAAUAAAAAC